AUGUCUAUCGGUGCUCUGGAACAAGAGGUUAUCGAUAUGAGACAACUUGCUCACUCUGAAUCCGACGACAAAAAGGAUCAAGAAGCAAAAAUUCGCGAGCUUCAAGCAAAGAUUGACAAGAACAAGCAGUUGCGCGACAAGGCCAUCCAAAUGCGAGAGCUAUUGGUGGACCGAAACGGCAGAGCACAAUGCGAAACGCAAAUCAAGGAGCAUCAAAAGUACGUGGACUACUUUUCAGAAGAGCUGCACAAGUUGCAGACGAGAACCCACCGGACUAGCUCGGACGAUCUUGCGUCUCCUACUACUCCCAAUGCCUCCGCAGCCGAUAAUGAUAGCCCUGCACAGUCGCCUUCAAUGUCUGCUCCUCCUCGCUCGAGCAGUAUGCCAUCCAGCAAAGAGGAAUCUUCAAAGAAGAAGUACACAAAUUUAGAUCUCUUGACAACCGAUAUUCCUUACAAUAAGCCCAAGGUGUCUUUAAAGUUGCAUGAGCUGGAAUACAAGUUGGAUGUCGAAAAGAAGGUGUUGACCGGUAUUAAAACCAUGGCGGCUGCAUUGGAACGUGAUCCCUCGGCUGGCGACCGGCGGCAACGUGGUGAAGUGCAAGGCCAGUUGUAUGAAAGUAUUGAAAAGCGUAAUUUGCUCGACAAGGCACUCAAAAAGUACAAAGGUCUCUACAUUGGUGAAGGAGACGAAGACGAUUACGAACUCGAGACGCCUCUUUCUGCCCGUGUACCACCCGGAUUCCGACGUCCUGUCAGUGGAAAACUGCAGCUUCAAAUCAUCGAAGCUCGUGAGCUGGCUCAUGCACCUACGCGUAUGAUUAGAAUGCCGGAAACGGUCGUGUAUAUCAAGAUUGAUGGCAACGUCGUCUUCCGUUCGCGCCCAACGCGCAACGACAAGUGGCUCGAGGAAUGCGAGAUCCAUGUGACAAAGGCGUCCGAAAUAGAGAUUGACAUUUAUGACGAGAGUCUUGAACGACGAUUGCCAAUUGGUAUCCUUUGGCUCAAGAUCACCGAUAUUGCCGACGGUCUUCGCAAGCGCAAGAUCCAACAGGAAAGUGGCUCUGGAUGGGUUUCUGCUGAGGUGGCUCAGCAACGUACUCAGGACAGUCUCCAAAGCAGUGGUAGCAGUACUCUUGGUGGUAGUCACCAGCCUAUUCCCACCCAGCCCAUGGCUGUUCAGGCAACACAGGAGGGUAUUGAAGCUUGGUUUGAUGUCGAACCUUUGGGUGAAUUAGCACUUCGUCUCAACUUUGUUCGUGAGACUGCUGGCCGUCGUCCGCUCGAUAAGCUGGGUCGUGUGGGUGCUGUCCGUCAGCGUGCUGGUGAAGUUCACGAGAUGAACGGCCAUCAAUUUGUGGAAAAGAAGUUCUACAACGUCAUGAAGUGCGCUCUUUGCGCCGAUUUCUUGGUCAACAGUGGCUAUCAGUGUGAAGACUGUGAGUACACUUGCCACAAGAAAUGUUAUGGCAAGGUUGUCACCAAGUGUAUCUCCAAGUCGUCCUCGGAUUUGGACUCGGACGAGGACAAGAUCAACCACCGGAUUCCCCAUCGUUUCGAGCCGAUCACAAAUAUCGGUGCCAACUGGUGCUGUCACUGUGGUUACAUGUUGCCUCUUGGCUCGCGUGGUGCAAAGAAAUGCUCUGAGUGUGACAUUACCUGCCACACCAAGUGUGCUCAUCUUGUGCCUGAUUUCUGUGGUUUGUCCAUGGAGCUGGCCAAUCAAAUGCUGGCCGAGAUGAAGGCUGCUAAGCGCAAGACGCUCGAGACGGGUCCGACUAGCUCGUCGUCCAGUUCGUUGAAGCCUCAGCAGACGCCUCGUCCUGACGAUCAGAUUUCGGUACCUGACCGUUCGAGCUCUGGAUCUAUGCCAUCCACUGCUUCCGAAACAAUUUCGUCACAAUUCUCUCAUUUGUCGUUGCAGCAACAGCAACAGCAACCACCGCCACCCCAGCCUCAGCAACCACAGCAACAACAGCAUAUGCCUCCUCCCACAAGCCCAUCCAUGAACCGACCUCAUCCUCAAUCACCUGGUAGCAUGAGCCCUGGUCGUGUUAACAUGCCACCACCGGGUCCACCCCACAUGAUGGGAGGCGGAUCCCCUGGACAACAACACCAGCAGCCACCUUACUCACAGUACCCUGGCGAUCCCAGGUUCCAGCAACAACAGCCACCACAACAACAACCUUACCCACUACAGCCCAGACCGGCCAUGCCACAGCAGCCCCAAUCGCCGUAUGCCCCGAUACCCAAUCCUGCCGUUAUGGGACGCCCACCUUAUCCUCCACAGGGUGUUCCUGGUCCACAUCCUCCCCAUCCCCAACCGCCGAUGCAGCAGCCUUAUCACCCCUACCCGACAGAUAUGGCUCCUAGACCGCCACCUAAACAAGCACAACCCGUGGCUAAGAAUGUGGGUCUGGAUGACUUUAACUUUUUGGCAGUGCUUGGCAAGGGUAACUUUGGCAAGGUCAUGCUGGCUGAAGAAAAGCACGACAGAAACUUGUAUGCCAUUAAGGUUUUGAAGAAGCGAUUCAUUAUGGAUAACGAUGAAAUUGAAAGUGUCCGGUCGGAGAAGCGCAUUUUCCAAGCAGCCAACCGUGAGCGACAUCCCUUCCUUAUUGGUUUGCACUCGUGUUUCCAAACCGAAUCGCGUGUGUACUUUGUCAUGGAAUACGUUAGCGGUGGUGAUUUGAUGUGGCAUAUUCAACGUGAGCCUUUCUCGGAACGACGUGCCAAAUUCUAUGCAUGCGAAGUACUUUUGGCGCUCGAAUAUUUCCAUAGCCAGGGUAUCAUCUACCGUGAUUUGAAGCUGGAUAACAUUUUGCUUGGCCUGGACGGCCACAUUAAGAUUGCCGAUUAUGGUCUUUGUAAGGAAAACAUGUGGUUUGGCUGCACCACCGGUACGUUCUGUGGCACGCCCGAAUUCAUGGCGCCUGAAAUCUUGCUCGAGCAAAAGUAUGGACGUGCGGUGGACUGGUGGGCCUUUGGUGUGUUGAUCUAUGAAAUGUUACUUGGCCAGUCGCCCUUCCGUGGUGAAGACGAAGAUGAAAUCUUUGAUGCCAUCUUGGAAGACGAAAUUCUGUACCCGAUCAACAUGUCUAGAGACUCUGUUUCAAUCUGUCAGCGCCUUCUGACCCGAGACCCGGCAAGACGUCUUGGUGCAGGUCGAUCCGACGCCGUUGAAAUCAAGGAGCAUCCUUUCUUCCGUGGCGUCAACUGGGAAGACAUGCUCAACAAGCGUGUGCCUCCACCUUUCUACCCUACCAUCACCAGCCGUCUCGACACAUCUAACUUUGACGAAGAAUUUACGCGCGAACGUCCUGCUCUGACGCCUAUCAGCUCCAACCUUAACCGCGUCGAGCAACAAGAGUUCCAGUCGUUCCCCUAUAUCGCCGAUUGGGUAGUAAAUGGAAACAACCAGCAGCAGCAGCCAGCGUGGUAAUCUUAGUAAUAACAGAAGCCCUAAAGAUCAGAAGAAUCCCCCCCCCCUUAUAUUUCCCUUUUAUUUUCACUAUUUCUUUUCUUCCAAAACACAUAUUCUGUCUCUCUCUCUCUCUUCCACACCAACGCAAUCCCUAAAAACGAAGACUCGUCCCCUUUUUAUUAUACUUUGUUUCUAUCCUCUUUUUCUUUCUUUUUCCCUUAUUACAAACUGUAUAAAAAAUAUAUUGACCUUAGGUUUCUCUUUCUUUUUUUGGAGCCUUGUGCGCGCACACCCUACUUCAGUGGAUGCCGAGACUAGGCAACACUAUGUAUUUUCGUAGCAUCCAUCUUCAAAAUAUAGAUGUCCUCAGAAUAGAACU